AUGGAGCAGGUGAAAUGGAAAAUAUAUAUGGUCUCCAUGUUGUGUGUAUUUGCCUUAACUCAAGAUGUUGGAGCUGCCAAUGUAGAAGGAAAUUGUACGUCUACACGCGACUGCCCAACAAAUGCCCAGUGCAUUGCAAGAGGGUGUGACGGAAGUGUUUGUGUGUGUAAUAUUAGAUUUUUACCAUCGGCGAACAGUUCAGCCUGUGAAGAAGUUGCCGCGCUGGGUGAGUCUUGUAUUGGUAAGCAGUGCCUAUCAGCGAACUCCCAUUGCAGUUCAACUGACAACGUUUGCACUUGUGAUGAAGGAUAUGAACUGUCAUACGAUGAAGAGAAAUGUCGAAGGGAACCAUCUGCGGGUGGAAUAUCUUACCGUCUUCUUAAUGAACCUUGUGACGAUAGCUCGUUUGAAGUUUGUUCUGGACUUUUCCAAGAUUGUAUAUCAGGAACGUGUAAAUGCAAUGAGGGAUACAGAGAAGCUACAACUGCAGACAUUUAUUUAGAACCGUCCAAUAAAUUUGAGUGUCGCCGAGAUGUUGUUUUAGUGAAUAAUACUGAGAUAUCCUGUCCGACGCCACCGCCCCUGGUAAACAUAUAUGAGUCGUGUGAAACAAGAGCAAACUGCAUCCCAAAUGCUGAUUGUACACCUCGAGGCUGCGAUGGCAAAGUUUGUGUAUGUGAUGUUGGUUAUAUAUCAAAUGAUGAGAACAAUAAGUGCUUAGGCGUGUCGGAGAUUGGCAAGGGGUGCAAUGACACCAUCCUGUGCCCCGGGGUUAGCACGGUGUGUAUAGGAGGAAUAUGUGAAUGUCGAGAGGGAUAUGUAAAGGUGGAUGAAAGGAGAUGCAAAGAGGAUGUUUCUAACAAAUAUACGUGGUCAUUGCUAGGUGAAGACUGUAAAGAAACAGGCGAAAACCAAAAGAUAUGCCAAGAUUUCGUGGAGCAAGUGUGCAAUGCAACAACUGGGAAGUGCGAGUGCAAAGACGGAUAUAGAGAGUCAACGGAAAAAGAAAAGGCACUCUCCCCGUUUGUUGAUAUUGACUGUGUUGACAUCGCUUAUAGUGCUAGUAUACCUAACGAGAACAACACAGAUUGCCCCAAACCGGAAGUGUCGUCAAGUAUAGUGCCAACUUCAAUAUUAGAGAUUGAGUCAACAUUGCAAAUAUCUGUCGAGACAACAUCCAUUCUACCUACAUCGUUUGAGUCGAUGUCAAUUCAAACAACUUCUUUUGAAUCUUUGUCAAUUCAACCAACUUCAAUUGAAUCAAUCCUAGUUCAAUCAACAUCCAUUGAAUCCAUGUCAGUUCAACCUACGUCAGCUGAAUCUAUGUCAAUCCAAACAACUCCAAUUGAAUCCAUGUCAAUUCAACCAACAUCUAUUACAUCUAUGCCAGUUCGACCAACAUCUAUGGAGUCUUUGUCAGUUCAACCAACAUCUCUUGAAUCUACGUCAGUUCAACCAACAUCUCUUGAAUCUUUGUCAGUUCAACCAACAUCUCUUGAAUCUACGUCAGUUCAACCAACAUCUAUGGAAUCUUUGUCAGUUCAACCAACAUCUCUUGAAUCUACGUCAGUUCAACCAACAUCUAUGGAAUCUUUGGCAGUUCAACCAACAUCUCUUGAAUCUACGUCAGUUCAACCAACAUCUCUUGAAUCUUUGUCAGUUCAACCAACAUCCCUUGAAUCUAGGUCAGUUCAACCAACAUCUUUGGAAUCUUUGUCAGUUCAACCAACAUUUAUUGAAUCUUUGUCAAUUAAUCCAACGUCUGUUGAACCUGUGUCAGUUGAACCAACAUCUGUUGAAUCUUUGUCAGUUGAACCAACAUCUAUUGAAUCUUUGUCAGUUGAACCAACAUCUGUGGAAUCUUUUUCAAUUCAACCAACAUCUGUUGAAUCUAUAUCAGUUAAACCAACAUCUGUUGAAUCGAUGUCAGUUCAACCAACAUAUAUUGAAUCUUUUUCAAUUCAACCAACAUCUCUUGAAUCUACGUCAGUUCAACCAACAUCUAUUGAAUCGAUGUCAGUUCAACCAACUUCCAUUGAAUCGAUGUCAGUUCAACCAACUUCCAUUGAAUCGAUGUCAGUUCAACCAACAUAUAUUGAAUCUUUGUCAGUUAAACCAACAUCUUCGUUAGUUCAACCAACAUCUGUUGAAUCGAUGUCAGUUCAACCAACUUCCAUUGAAUCUUCGUCAGUUCAACCAACUUCCAUUGAACCGGUCUCAGUUCAACCAACAUCUAUUGAAUCGUUGUCAAUUCAACCAACAUCUAUGGAAUCUAUGUCAGUUCAACCAUCAUCUAUUGAAUCUACGUCGAUGCAACCAACGUCUGUUGAAUCUACGCCAACCACAAUAGCUACAAGUGAACCAACCACAACAGUUACAAGUGAACCAAACACAUCGUUUACAAGUGGACCAACCACAUCGGUUACAAGUGAACCAACCACAUCAGUUACAAGUGGACCAACCACAUCAGUUACAAGUGAACCAACCACAACAGUUACAAGUGAACCAAACACAUCGUUUACAAGUGGACCAACCACAUCGGUUACAAGUGAACCAACCACAUCAGUUACAAGUGGACCAACCACAUCAGUUACAAGUGAACCAACCACAACAAUUACAAGUAAACCAACCACAACAGUUACAAGUGAAUCAACCACAACAAUUACAAGUGAACCAACCACAACAGUUACAAGUGAACCAAACACAUCGGUUCCAAGUGGACCAACCACAUCGGUUACAAGUGAACCAACCACAUCAGUUACAAGUGGACCAACCACAUCAGUUACAAGUGAACCAACCACAACUAUUGGAGAUGGGGGAUCAAACAAUACGACAGGUGCAUCUUUGCUGCCAGUGGUUCUUCCAGCAGUGUUGGGGGUGACAUCUAUAGUACUAGUCCUUGUUGCAAUUUACAUGAUCAUCAAAAUGAGACAAAUGAGAAAACGAAAAAAGAAUUUGGACAGAGAUGCAGACAAAAAUGAAGAUACUAAUGAUGCAAAUGACUUUCCUCGGUUUGAUGAACCCAUUGCUAUGGUGAACACUGGGGCCAGACAACCAUAUUAUGAUGUAUAUGCUAUGAACACUGGAGCCAGACAACCACAGGAUGUAUAUGCUAUAUACUAGAAUGAUAUAAUCAUAUCAGGCUUAUUGUGUUCUAAGGAAAUACGCAGUUGUGACACCCACUUAAAGUGCUACCUCACU